UAAUUAACUUCCGGGUUUUAGGACUCAUUCCUGCAGCACUCUAUAACGCUGUAGGGUUUUUAUUACUUGUGUGACUCUAACACAGAAGUCAUGCCUGUAAGGAAAGUGGUGAUAGUUCCAGGUAAUGGAGCAGGAGAUGUUGAACACAGUAACUGGUAUGGCUGGCUCAAUAAACACAUUAAUCAGAUACCUGGUGUGUGCAGUGAGCUGAGGAACAUGCCAGACCCUGUGACGGCCAGAGAGAGCAUAUGGCUGCCGUUCAUGGAGAAGGAGCUUCAGUGUGAUGAGGAGACGGUGAUCAUCGGCCACAGCUCAGGAGCUGCUGCUGCUAUGAGGUACAGCGAGACACACAAGGUAUUCGGCAUCAUCCUAGUGGGCGCCUACACUUCCGACCUGGGAGAUGAGAAUGAGAGAGCAAGCGGGUAUUUCAGCCGUCCAUGGGAGUGGGAGAGGAUCAGAGCUAACGUGAAACACAUCGUCCAAUUCGGCUCCACAGAUGACCCUUUCCUACCAUGGGAGGAGCAGCAGGAAGUAGCAGAUGGACUGAAGCCAGAGCUUCACAAAUAUACAGAUCGUGGACAUUUUCAGAACACACAUUUCCCAGAGCUCAUCAGUGCUAUACAGAAACUGAUAACGGCUGGAUAAAAGAAUAAAGCUUUAAACAGCAAUGACA